UUUCGUUGGCUUGGUGGUCAGGGUGUCGGAAGCGUCCACGGUCAGGCACGGAGGGAGGGACGCUCGGCGGAAAUCUGACACGCUAGCUCUUGAGCAGCGACGUAUCGGCGGAGGGUGGUGACCGAAACUAAUCAAAACAGCAGUCCACCACCUGGACCAUCAAUCCGGGAUUUACGAGCAAAGGCGAUCAAUCACCGGACUGCCGUUAACCUUCGAAAGUCAGCGGUUUUUUUGACUUCUUACCGGAGACGACAUGGCUGAAUGUAACGUUAGCAUCGACCAGAAAAAACUACCUGGAGUGAAAGAGGUAUGCAAAGACUUUGCUGUGCUGGAAGACCACUCCCUGGCCUACAACCUCCAGGAACAAGAAAUCGAAAGUCACUUGGCUUCCAACGUCCAUAAGAACCGCCUGGUGCAGAAGGACCUGCAGGUGGCCAAGAAGCUGCAGGAGGAGGAGGACGAGAUAGCCAAGAUUCAGAACCAGAAACAGAACAGUGACAUCGAGCGACAGGACGUGGAGAUCGCGCAGGAGAUUCAGGAAGAACUAGUCCGACAGGCGGAGCAGCAGCGACAGCAGGAAGAGAAGGAUGCCGCCAUCGCUCGAAAGCUGUAUGAGAAGGAGAUGAUGAAAGAGGAAAGGAGGAGACAGAAACAGAUGGAAGCAAAAUAUGAGGAGGAUUACUUUGAGGAUCACGGAGAGCCGAGAUCUGCCGACGUGGACAAACGAACCCGUCAGACGUCUCGAUCUCCAGACCUACAUGGUUCGUACUCUCCGUCGCGCUCAAACAGAAAACACUCUCCAGAUUAUUAUUCUGCCGAGGCUAAAAGGAGCCGGUACCCAAAGCAGGACUCUGCGGCACUUCGUGGUCACUCCAGAUACCCGGAGCCCGUGGAGGCAGAGCGAGGCCGUAGCAAGCUCGCAGAUCCGUAUCCAGAGCACCUGCUGCCAUCUAGAGGCAAGCAUGGGGACAGGUACCCAGAGUUUGAGCCUUCAUACACUGGCAGAGCCAGGGAGCAGGGGCAAAUGGAAGUAGAUGGAGUGAUGAGGAGGAAGGAAAAACCAGCCAGACCGCCGCCUCCACAUACUACUGUAGAAAGAGACAAGGACAGGGAGAAAGACAGGCAGAGACAUGAUAGGGACAGGGACUAUAAAACAGAGAGACGUAUGGAGGAGUACACAAGAGUAAGGGAGCAGGAUGCCAGGCAGAGAAGAGAACGGGAAAAAUCCAGAGACAGAAUACCAAGCGAUGAUGGACUGAGAGACGGAGACAGACACAGACAAAAGGACAGACAACGAGCCAGGAGCAGGGACCGAGGACUCGAUAUGGACUCUUUGGAGUCAGGAUACAGCAGGGACAGGCCAAGAGACCAGAGGGGCUCCUGGGAGGAGGAAGAGGAUGAUGGUGGGAGGAAGGCCAGAAGCCGGCAGCGCAUCCACUCCAGCCCCGUCGAAGUGUUUGACGUGUUUGCAAACGGCGAGGCUCGAGGAGGAGCCAGGGAGAUCCGGGACCUCAUGCAGGUUGAGUCUCCUGGAAGGGAGCGCAGUCACAGCCACCCCAGCAGAGAGACAGGCCAUGUUGACAAAGGAAGUGGCUCAAUUAUCCCAGACACCGAGUACGGGUUGACCGAAGCCACAAAGGGGUUGACAAACCUUGACCUUCGGGAGCAAGAGCUGAAGGACAUGGAAGUCGCAAGAAGACUUCAGGAGGAGGAACUCAAGCGAAUGAGCAACAUGCAGGAGCGUGCAGCUCAGGUGGCAAAAGAUGAGGAAAUUGCUCGAUCCUUGAUGGAAAAGGAGAAGAAGGAGUACAGAAAGAACCGAGAACGUGAGAAAGAGAAGGAACGAGAGAGGAUGGCCAUGGAGAAGAUGGCCAUGGAGAGAAAACGACCAGAGGGAAACUACAAGUCAAGUUCGGAGGAAGCUGCCUGGCCCAGAACGAGAGAGGAGUAUGAAUAUCACAGACAGAGAAACAACAACAGACCUGUCCGGCCUCCUCAGCCUCGUACUCAUGAUUAUGAGAAUGUUAGCUCGGUGUACGUCUACUCGGACCACCAUGCUGCCUCUCGCCCUCCACAAAGACCAGAAGCCGCUUAUAGAGGUGCCUAUCAGAAGCGGUGACUCGAGAUCUGUACCUUAUCCAAACAUGCUGUCAACCAUCCAUCCUUUUUCUUUGUGUAGUCUUUUCCUUUUU